AUGAACAAUUCGGCUGCGCAGUCCUGGACUGCUGCAGACCACUUCGCCAUGGACACGUCCCAAGACAACUUUGCGGGUGCAGAGUUCAUCGACUUUGACAAUCUCGACCUCGACUUUAAUAUGGACGGGUACAAUAGUCAGGGACCCGCCUCGACUGGGAGCCAACUCGCCGAUCUAACCGAUUCACUCAACGUCCACCACCUGCAAAACCAGUUUCCCCCACAACUCGCCCCAGAUUAUCACAAUGGCCCAAACGGCGCCCAGAAAUCCCACAAUAUCCCCCCUCAUGGCCUCUCGCAGCAGCCUGCAAACAACUUCUUCGACUAUGGCGUGCCCCAGCACACGGCCCAAGGCUACCCUCAGCCUCACGACCAACUCUACCACCCACAUCAGGGUGUGCCCCCCACACCCAACAGCACAGAAAUACAUGGCGACCCCAACCGCUAUCUCCAGCAAGUCGAGUCGCAGCAAGCCCUCUUCGACCAGAGGUACCACAUGCGCAAAGAUGAUGCCACAUUUACCCCCCUUGUAUCGCCUGCAGUCACGCCCCAUGACACGCGCUUCCAGAUUCCGGAAUUUGCCAUGGCUGGCUCCUACUUCAGCCCUCUCACCUCGCCCGCAUUGACUGCUCAGAGCCAGCAACAUGCCCAUCAACCACAGCAAAACACGGCUUCCGAGAGCUCUACAGGGCAUUCGCCCAUUGAUCUUGACAUGGACAUGCUGGGUGAUCCUGCAAUUGUAUCACAAGACCAGAGAAGAAGGAACACAAGAGCCGCAAAUAGAAGAAGUGCACCGCGUGCCAGUGGCAACGCUCGUGUACGGCAGUCUCCCAUUGUAAAACCCAACAGGCGGAAAUCCAACGGCUCCUCGCUUAUUCUACCAAAAGACGUCACUGACCUUGUGCAAAAUGCGCGUUCCCAACAUCCACUUUCCGCUGGUCUGGAUGCGCCUCGCACGCGCGAAAGCUCAGAGACUGACUCCAUCUCUCCUGAACCCAUGCUCUCAGAAAUGCGACCACCGCCCAAGCCUGGCUCUUCAACAGCUUCGCCUGCCGUCAUGGCCCAACGCAGCAGCCAGAGCAGUACUCCAGCCACCCCGGCCUCUCUCAUGCGCAUACAGCCAUCGCCUGAUUUCAACGGUUCUGAGCAAGCACUGCCAAUGCUAGAGGACCUCACUCUACCGGAGGCGUCUCUCGAUAGGCCGAGCUUGUCAAGGUCAGACACGGCGAUUCGGGACGAUGACAGCGGUACGCCUCGCCUGUCUGCGCGAAAGACACCCAAACUGAACCCCUUGAGCACGCCUGGCGCAACCAUGUCAAGCCGGCCCAGCCCCAUGCUUGACGCCAUGUCCACCCCCACAAGUCCAGCUUUCUCAAUGACAAGCAGCAGGAGAGAUGCAAAGCUAGCACGCAACCCCAAGAAGAGAAACAGCGUCAGCUCCCAUCUUGUCAGCCCUGCAUUGAUGCCUAAAAUUUCGCCCAGCAUAAAACCUUUGCUACCAGACGGUGGCAGUGGCACCACUGACAACACUCAUGCUCUCCUGCUUGCAUCCAAGUCAAACUAUCAGAACAUCCUCGAUGGCACAACGGUCCCCGGUGUAGUCUACCCUACGUCCCUAUCAACCAACCUUACUUCAAAACGCACCUCACACAAGAUUGCGGAGCAAGGCCGUAGAAACCGUAUCAACACAGCUCUGCAAGAAAUGCAAGCUCUUCUUCCCUCGCCACGAUUCGGUAACGUUUCCGACGCCAAGAGCCCGGAGACAAACGCACAAAACUCCAACAACUCAAAGGCAGCAAAGGUUGAAAGUGCAAUCGAGUACAUCAAGCAGCUGAAGCAGGAGGUGUCGGAGAGGGAUGAUCUGAUUAGCAAAAAGGACAGUGAGAUGGAUGCGUUGAAGAAAGAGUUGGCUGCACUCAAAAGAUGUCAAUCCGAAGGCGCAGCACCGGAGACAACAACUCAACCAAAGACCGAAGCUUCAUCAAGCCCGAACACUGAGAACGAACGAUGA